GGGGGAGACAGAGCGACGACAACUCCUAGAUGACCACGACAGUUUUUCGCGGCGUGAAAAGCCAAUCUGUAGCUGUGACUUGCUACAGCGACAGGAGGACAGGAAAAAACAAAGAACAGUGCUUCAUUUUUAUUAUUUAUUUAUUUAUUUAUUCAGUUUGGUUUGGUUUUGUGCUUCUUUUUUUGCAAGAAAAUCCUGGAAGAACAUAGCCGGAAAGCUGUGCACAGGCAGGGGCUGAGCAAAGGCACCUGGCAGAGCAGGGAAGACAGGAUUAAAUGCUGGUGUUAAUAAAAAAAAAUAGAAAUAGCUAAAUUAAUUAAUCAAUUAAACACUUAGCUGUUUUCAAGCAUGUGUGCAUUUUUUACUGGAAUCGCAACGAAGCAGUGCCUUGUAUCCAUCAAAGGGAUUUUAUCUGGGCUCGCACCAGGAUGGGGAAAAACACUAAAAGACACAAAAGCACCUUUUUUUUUGGCCGUGAGAUAGCGCAAGACCCGAGUCUGCCCCUAUCUUCUCAUUAGGGAUGUAAUUUACAGGGCGGGCUGUGAGCCUGGGGGAGGCAGGAGGAUCUUGUGCCCCUCACCCGGGCACCAGGCGAGGGUGUUGGUGACCCCAAAAACUUUCAGGAGCAUUGAACGGCCGUGAGCUGAGGCAGGAAGCUCCGGCCCCGCUGCUGGUUCGCACUUCACCAGUGCAGCUCUGAGCAUUUUGGUUUCCUGUCCUCCGGACUCCAUUGUGUCCACUCCACCUGCUGUGUGUCCUCCUGCCAUGGAGGAUGAGGAUGGCUACAUGGCCUUGGACAGGCGAUGCAAGCGGGAUGCUGCGGAGAGGCCGGGACCCCUCCGGGAUGCAGGCCCUGCCACAAGGGACCCCGAGCCAGGCUUCGCCCCCCGGUGGAUUCGCACCCCCAUGCGAUCCCCCCGCUGCCUCCUCGGGGCCCUGGUGGCUGUUCUGCUGCUGUCCUUUGCGAUAUGCGGUGAGUCGACACCCCUGGGGCGUCCUUUUUCUGGGGUGCUGGGGCCUGGGGACACCCCCGUUUGGGCUCAGGGUCCCUCUCCCCCAGUGUCUUGGCUGCUGGUGGAGAGGCACCAGGGGGCUGUGGGGUGCGGGAACGCGUCGCAGGGACAAAGUUUUGCCACCCUGGGCUGCACCCACCUGGGGCUGAGGACGAGCUUGUGCCCCCCCGGAGACGGUGGGGGCUGCGAGCUGUGUCCUGUGGGGUGGACGCUGCACAGGAGGAAGUGUUUUUGGGUCACCAGCAAGAGCAGCUCCUGGAGGGAGAGCCGGGAGAAUUGCAGCCAUCAGAGAGCCCAGCUGCUGGUGCCAGAGGACCAGGGCGAGCUGGACUUCCUAAAUCGAGUCAUACAGAAACCCACACGCUACUUCUGGAUCGGCCUCUCCCAGCCCUCUGUGGGGAUGGCUUGGACCUGGCUGGAUGGCUCCCGCCUGGACCAGAGCCGGUUCAACCUGAGCACCCCGAACGCCAGCGGAGCCUGCGGGGCGCUGAGGGAGGACAGGAUCAUCUCGGAAACCUGCGGCUCCGCCUUGGCGUGGAUCUGCCAGAAAGAGGCCGUCCUGCUCUGAGCAACUUGGGAAAAAAAUAUAAAAAAAUAACAACAAAAAAAAAAAAAUUAAAAAAACACAUUUCUUUCAAAAUAAAGUCCCUUCUCACCCCUG